CCUGUGUCUGAGUGAGGACACACAGAGUGGCCAGAGGGAGAGACAGAGAAGAGGAGGCCAGUGUCUCUCCCGCUUUAUCCAUUAACCAGUUUCAGGGAAGAAGAGAGUUAUUCAAAUUAGGCUGGUUAGGAAGAUUCUAGGUCAGUAGUGAAAAAGGGAUAGGGAAAGGGAUAUCAUUUUAAAAAAGGAAAACAAACAAAAGCUUUGGCUCAGGCUUAAGUGGGAAAAUCCAGUGAGAGAGCAGAAUGGCGUGAGAGGAUAAAUGAGGCAAUUUUUGGAAAGUACCAAAGGAACUCAAAAGGAAAGAAUGUAUAAGGGAUGUCAACAAGAAGACUAAAUAUCAAGCUGUGAAGGAGAAGACACAGCGACAUUCUCUGUGUCAAAGACCUCAAAAAACCACAGAGGAGGAAACUUUGCCUUUCACAGUCUGUCACAGAAACCCGUCUGCAGAGUGACUACCAUCAACAAGAGAAAUGGAGAAGUGUCCAGUCUUUCAAAGAUAAAAGGAUGUCACUGCCAGUUUUGCUGUUGCUAUCACUCUUGACUGUCCAAUGCGGUGGAUGUGACUUUGAGUGGGAAGGUGUAAAAAACAUUAAAACAACCAUCGACUCUAAUCCGACUGGAUUUCGGACAGUAUUUCCGAAAGAUUACUAUGUAGUGCACCACUACACAAAAAACAUGCUCUGUGACACUGAUCCGUGUUGUGUGUUCCCUGCUGCAGUAGUUCUUCUGGACUCCUGGCAUGUGCUUCUCAGAAACCUCUGGGAUGAGCACUUAAAUCACUCCUUAAUAAUCGACCUAAAGCAGACACUGGAUAGGAUUAUCAGAAAGAACAAAAACACAGAGAGAUUCCAGGAGGAGACAGACCUGGCCCAUUAUUCCACAUUAUCUUCUUCUCCAGAAGAGCUCCUUAAGCUAACAUCAGAACUUUUCGCUCAGUGGCUAAAUGUUGGAUGCUUAGAAUCAAUUCAAACGUGCACCCUGCCCACUUUGCCCCCCCCUAUAGAGAGGAAGGACUAUGGUCCCUCGAGGGCCAGACUCUUGACCACCCGAGCUAUCAGCAAUGUGGAGGAGGAACAACCUGACAAGAUGACAGACAUUUCACAGGCAACAUCCAGCGGUAGUCCUCUAUCCCUAUCAUAUUCUGCUUCUUUCUGGAGCCCCUUGCUAUUCAGACUCUACUGGUGGUUGCUGCCAUAGUCACUAAAAAGAUUAUUUCUGAUGAUGCACACAAAAUGCAAAACGUUUCCUGGCACUGAAUGAUUGUUUCUUAUAUUUGUGUCAGUGUUUAAUGCAGUAAGCUUUGUUAAUAUAAAGUGACAUGCACCGGUUGCAUUUAAUGUCCAAAGUUAGUUUGAAUAGCUAAGAUUGCUGUCUAACAGUGCUCUGUAACAACUCAUGUCACAGAUAUAAACGUAUAGCCGCCCUCCUUAGAGCAAACCACAAACUCCAGCUAGCUAUGCUCUUCAUGCUAACAAGAGAUAAAUGCUGAGCAAGCCAAUGCACAUAAGCCUCGUCUGUUGAUGUGGAAUUCAUCACUGUUUACAAUGUCUAUUAUGUAAAUGUAAGAUAUUACAGUCCCUGGGUGUUUACUUUUGUACAUAAAUGUAAAUUAAAGACAUUUAGAUAUAUGCAUUGCUAGGUUUUUGGUUUUCCUGUUUGUCAGCAGUGACUGAACUGUACCUACGGACAUUUUUAGAGUACUUGUACUUUACUAUUUGUAUUUAAUGUCACUUUCCUCUUCUACUCAGCUACUGUUCAGAGGGAAAUGUUCUUUUUACUCAACUACAUUUACCCAUCAGCUAUAAUUACUGGUUAUUUUACACAUUAAGAUUUUACCUGUAAAACAUGUGAUUGGUUUAUAAAAUAUGAUUGUCAUAAAUCAAACUACCCAGCAGUUUAUCAAGUCAUUAAAAUCAGCUCCACUUUACACAUUAAUGCAUCAACAGUGCUAGCCAAAUACUGGAAUUAUAAUAGUCAACAAUCCAAAAUAUCUUUUUACUUGAUACAGUACAUU